AAUAAGAGCCCACCUCUUGUAGCACAGCAUUACGGACAGUCCGUGGAGGAAGAAUACGUUAAAGGCUUUGGACACAGAAGCAUUAGUUUUAAACCGAGCUGUUGCCCCGCAGCGGGGGCUGAUCAAUCGGGGCAAGAUGUGGGUUUGGUACUUUCUGCUCGGUUCGGGAACACGCACGGUCUCGAUCGAUUGUCAGCUUCUACCUGGAAAUAACUUUACAACAGAGUGCAACAUUCCAGGAAAUUUUAUGUGCAGCGAUGGUGAAUGUAUUCCUGGAGGUUUGCAGUGUGACGGCUUUUCAAACUGCUUCGACAAGAGUGACGAGAAGGGAUGCCUGAAGGUGAAGGCAAAAUGUGCACCCACCUUUUUUGCUUGUGCAAACGGGGUCCACUGCAUUAUUGGCCGUUUCCAGUGUAAUGGUUUCAGAGACUGCCCUGAUGGCAGCGAUGAAGACAACUGCAUUGAUAAUCCUCUGGUGUGUUCAUCUGCACGUUUCCACUGUGACAAUGGACGGUGUGUAGAUCGCAGCUUUCUAUGCAACGGACAGGAUAACUGUCAAGAUAACAGUGAUGAAGAAAACUGCCUUACAACAGCAGAAUCCCCUGGACAGGACUUUGUGACACUGGACUAUCAACUACGCUAUUACCCCAGUAUCACGUAUGGAGUUAUUGGCAGUGCCAUCAUCUUUGUCCUGGUAUUGGCAUUGCUGGCCCUUGUCCUGCACCAUCAGAGAAAGCGAAGUGCCUUGCUGCCACAGGGGGUCUACAGAGGUGCCUGCCACCAACCACUCCUGCUCUCCCGGCUUGUCAUACUGGACAGAGGACAUACCCAUCCUGGAAGCCACGACCUUUCACCCCAGUGUUCAUCCUCAACAGAGGCAUUCAGCUCAGUUCAUAGUCUCCAGUUGCUCUCUCUUUCACAAUAUCCAAGAACUGCGAUAGACUUGCCACCAUCAUACUCACAGGCUGUAAUGGAUAUUGGCCGACCUACAUGGUUUGAUCUCCCACCUCCUCCUUACCCUCCAGAGACUACUACAGCUCAGUCUGAGAGAGAACCACCUGUAUAUGAGGACCCAGCUGAAAAUACAGAAUAAGCCAGAGCUGUAUUAUCUCAAAUCUGCACCAACAACAACACUGACACCAGUUGUGCAGAGUAAAGAGUCUUAGCAGCCAUCACUGUAAAUUCAGAAGAUAUGGACUGUAUGUGUGUUAUGCAAAAGUCUGUGCAGAGUUUUUAGAAAGAAAAUCAUUAUUAAUUUAGAUCUUUGCAGAUUCACCAAAUAUGUAUAGGAGCAUCCCAGCUAACAGAAUUUUGUUACAAGAACAUUCUCCAAAUAUUCAGUGUUGGUUCUAGGAACAUAGAAAAUCACCAGUUUUCUUGAUGUUAGGGGUAAAAUUUUAAAGGGUAUGAUGUUCCUCAAACAUUCUGUCACCUUAAUUUUUUAUUUAAAAAUCAACAUUCUAGGAACAUUUGUAACAUUCCAAGAAC